UUUGGAAACUAAGCUAAAAGGAAAAUAAUAGGGAAAUGGCUUUAGUAUGGCGGUCCUUUUCCCUUUGUUUCCCUCUCCAUCAUUUUAGUGUCCCUUCCAAGCCCAUUUCCUUCAUCCCUCAAUACCCUUCUUCUUCAUCUCCAUUUCUCAACCAUCGGAAGCCUCAACCUCUAACUCUCUUCUCCUGCACUUGUUCUUCAACAUCGUCCUCCAUGGAAACUCCUCCUCAAGGUUACAGAAGGAAUGUUGGCAUUUGUCUCAUCAAUUCAUCCAAAAAGAUUUUUUCUGCAUCGAGACUAGAUAUUCCCAAUGCUUGGCAAAUGCCUCAGGGUGGGAUCGAUGACAGUGAAGAUCCAAAAGUUGCAGCCCUCAGAGAAUUAAAAGAAGAAACAGGUGUUAGUUCAGCUGAAAUUAUUGCAGAGGUGCCUUUUUGGCUGACAUACGACUUCCCACCAGAAGUGAGGGAAAAACUGAAACAUCAGUGGGGAUCAGACUGGAAAGGUCAAGCUCAAAAGUGGUUUCUCCUUAAAUUCACCGGAAAAGAAGAAGAAAUCAAUCUUCUGGGUGAUGGGACUGAGAAACCAGAGUUUGGUGAAUGGUCAUGGAUGACACUGGAGCAAAUAGUUGAGCUUGCAGUGGAUUUCAAGAAACCUGUUUACAAGAAAGUUUUGGAAGUUUUCACUCCCUACUUACAUUAAUAUAAACAUCACCAUUUCUAGUGUGUUUAGUUUUGGAUUUUCUUUCUUAAAUGUCAGUGG